UAUAGGAAAAGAUCCAAACUUUCAAAAUUGCAAAGAAGAUUUAUUGUUUUCAAUUUUUUCACAAUUAUAUUUUUAAUCAUUUUCUAGUGGGUAUAACACACAUUUCAAACGUUAUUAUCUGCUGGUAGUUUCGAUCCUAAUAGCCUUCGCUUCAAGCUUUACUAGAUUCUGUUUCUCUCCCUCCCCGUAUGCAAGAAGAAGAACAAGAAGAAGUUCGAUGGCGUCUCUGCUUGUCAGAUCGAACAAAUUGAUAGCUAAACCUUGUGAACUCCCCAGUUCUCUCUUCUUCCUCAGACCAGUCUCUUGUUAUCACGACGCCCACGAACGCGAUGAUUCCGCGGCAGUUUCUCCGUCAUCAUUAUCAUCACCAGCUCAAUCUGUCGUCGGGUCGAUCUGUUCAUUGGUCUGUGAUUCCUAUCUGCAUCAAACCCAUUUCAGAUUACCCUCUCACCGGCUCAACCUCAACCUGGACGCGGACUCUCUCACCCACGAGCAAGCGAUCACCGUGGUUGCUUCUCUUGCGAGCGAAGCUGGUUCGAUGGUGGCUCUCAGCUUCUUCUACUGGGCUCUGGGUUUCGAAAAGUUCCGACAUUUUAUGAGGUUGUAUCUUGUGACCGCCGAUUCUUUGAUUACUAACGGGAAUUUGGAGAGAGCGCAUGAGGUAAUGCGAUGUAUGAUAAGGAAUUUUGCCGAGAUCGGGAGGUUGAACGAGGCCGUUGGUAUGGUAAUGGAUAUGGAGAAUCAGGGACUAAUACCGAGCACGAGAACAUUAAAUUGCAUUGUCGAGGUUGCGAUUGAGAUGGGUUUGAUCGAUUAUGCAGAGAACGUGUUCGGUGAAAUGUCUGUGAGAGGGGUUUGUCCAGAUUCUGGCUCUUACAAGUUUAUGGUUAUUGGUCAUUGUAGAGAGGGUAGAAUUCUUGAAGCUCAUAGGUGGUUAAGCGAAAUGCUCCAAAGAGGAUUUGUCACUGAUAAUGCUACUUGUACUUUGGUCCUUGAUGCCUUCUGUGAAAAGGGUUUAGUGAACAGAGCUGUCUGGUAUUUCCGUAGGAUGAUUGAUUUGGGAUUUAGACCAAACUUGAUCAAUUUUACUUCUUUAAUUGAUGCUUUAUGCAAGAGAGGGAGUGUGAAACAGGCCUUUGAGAUGUUGGAGGAAAUGGUUAGGAAUGGUUGGAAGCCGAAUGUAUACACUCAUACGGCUUUGAUUGACGGGCUAUGUAAAAGGGGAUGGACCGAGAAAGCAUUUAGACUGUUCCUGAAGCUUGUUCGCAGCGAUGGUUACAAGCCGAAUGUACAUACGUAUACUUCGAUGAUCAGUGGGUAUUGCAAAGAAGAUAAAUUAACUCGUGCAGAGAUGUUGUUUAGCAGAAUGAGAGAGCAGGGGUUGGUUCCUAAUGUGAACACAUAUACUACGAUCAUCAGUGGUCAUUGCAAAGCUGGAAAUUUUGAUAGAGCGUUCGAGUUGAUGAAUUUGAUGAGUGAAGAAGGUUUUACGCCAAAUAUUUAUACAUAUAAUGCGAUUGUGGACAGUCUUUGCAAGAAAGGAAGGGCAACCGAGGCAUAUAAAUUGCUCAAUAAGGCCUUUUCUUACGGAAUAGAAGCUGAUGGAGUCACUUACACUAUUCUUAUUUAUGAACAGUGUAAGCAAGGUGACAUUAAGCAAGCUCUCGCAUUCUUGUGUCGGAUGAAUAAGAUUGGCUUGGAUGCCGAUAUGCAUUUAUACAACACAUUGAUAGCUUCAUUUUGUAGGCAGAAGCAAAUGAAGGAAAGCGAGAGGAUUUUCAAACAAGUGAUAGACCUUGGCUUGGUUCCAACUAAAGAAACGUAUACUUCCAUGAUAUGCGGGUAUUGCAGGGAUGAAAAUGUUGAUUUGGCUUUGAAAUAUUUUCGUAAGAUGAACGAUCAUGGCUCUGUUCCUGAUAGCUUUACUUACGGUACUCUAAUAAGCGGCCUCUGCAAGAAAUCUAAGGUAGAAGAAGCCCGUAGGCUCUAUGAAGAAAUGAUUGACAAGGGUCUAUCCCCUUCUGAGGUAACUCGGGUGACAGUAGCGUAUGAGUACUGUAAGAGGAAUGACUCGGCCAGUGCGAUGAUUUUACUGGAAACCCUAGACCAUAAGCUCUGGAUCAGAACGGUGAAUACAUUGGUAAGGAAGCUGUGUAACGAGAAGAAAGUCGGGAUGGCAGCCUUAUUCUUUCACAAGUUGUUGGAGAAAGACCGCAGGGUUCAUCGCGUUACCAUUGCAGCUUUCACCACUGCAUGUCGUGAGACCGGAAAAGAGAACCUUGUUGCUGACAUAACCGAAAGGAUCUCCAGAGGAAUAGGCUAGUAGUUGUGCUCUGCUUCUUCAAACUUUCGGAUGCUGGUAUUGGAAUUUGGAUAUCCAGAAUCUAGCCAAAGGACCUGAAUGUUCAAUUCAUGAUUGUUUCUACACUUGUGCUAAAUGGUUUAUCUGCAAUGAGAGCAUCUGAUUCAGUAACAUAUUGCUCAGGUUGAAUUCAGGGUAGAACCAUAGAGUUGGAGUUUCAGUGUUUCUUCUUUCUUCUUUCUUCUUUCUUUUUGCCUUGAAUAUUUGUUCUUUGUUCCCAUGAUCAUUGCUAACUAGCUGUUUUAUAUCAUUUGAUAUGAAUAGAAACCGAUAAUUUCACCACU